GCCUGGUUUUUCUGACCAGAUCGGCCCGAAAUAUUUCGGUGAUAUAGCACGAAAAGUUCGUUAGCGUUUCCGGCCAAACCCAGUAUAUGUGUAGGACGCAGUAGUGGUUUGUCUAGAUCGGAACGAAAUUUCGUUCCGAAAUUUCGGGAACGUAUGCGGACAGCAGUUCGUCUGUAUCAAACUAGUUUUGAUUUGAACGAUCUCAAAUCGGCGUAGUUCGCCGAACUUGUUAGGUUAGGUUAAGGUUGUGAAAAAUAAUUGUCAAUUUCGGCGGAUUUAUUUUUAUAAAAUUACUAUUUACAGUAUGUGUGUAAAGUGAAUCAAUAAAUUAAUUAAAAUUCGAGUGUUUAUUUCUCGAAAACAUAUUUAGACCCGUCGAUUUUCUUUUCUUGUCACGCAUUUGAAUAAUAAAAUUAUUCACGGUGUUUCUAAAAAAGUUGGGCUGUUUAUUUUUUUCCUGAAAAAUGCGCGACAAAAAAAUAAAAACGACGGAUCAAAACAUGUUUUCAAGAAAAAAUCACCAAAUACCUGAAUUUAUGAAUAGGGAAGUUCUUGUUUCCAUCUUGUUGCCCAUCGAUGGACCAUCAGAAGUAAAAAAUAGAUGAUGAAAAAAUUCUGAUGGUCCACCGAUAGGCAACAAGAUGGAAACAAGAACUUCCCUAAUUUAUUCAAAAGAUGUCCGUCGGUAAGAAGUACAACAAAUUAGAUUUUUCUGCACUGGAAGAUGAACUAUUAAUUGACAAAGUUAAAGAGAAUCCUCCAUUAUAUGCGAAAAAAUUAAAAAGUUACAAGGACAUGAAAAUAAAAGAUAAUAUUUGGGCAAAAAUUGCAAAGGAAAUGGUAAAAUCCGGGUAUAAUAGAACAGGUGAAGAGUGCAAAAAGAGAUGGUCUAACCUACGAGACUACUAUGUUAGAAAGAAAAAAGUGAGUUCUACCGGAAGUUCAGCCAGUCAGGGAAAUGAAAAGUUUCAUCAUAUGAAAUUUUUGGAUAGCACAGCGUUCGUACAUCGAAUCACAAAAUCCAGUGUAUCUGCUGCUGCCGUCGCUGAUGGAGAAGUAAGUGAUGACAAUGAGCAUGAAGGAAAUGGUUCUGAUAUAGAAAGUCAAAAUGAAGAAACGGAAAAUCAAAGUAUAAUAGAGGAAUUACUCAUAGAAGUAACACCCAUGGAGGAAAACAAAGAAAUAAACGAGACACAAGAAAUUACAGCAACACCAACUCAAGUCAAUAAAGUGGGCAAAGCUGAUCUGGUCCAAAUCGAAAAAAUAGCCGGCACAAAAAGAGUAACACAAACCGAAACACGUGGGAGAAUAGAUGCAAAGAAGGCCAGAACACAAUUAUUCCAAGAUAUUCACAAAGGAAGAUCCGAACGAAUGACAUUACUUCGCGAUAUAGCCCAGCGAGCCACUACCUCAGGGCCUCAAUCAACUGAAGAUCCGAUUGAUCUGUUUUUCAAAUCAUUGGCAGCAACAGCUAAAACACUAUCGCCGAGGUAUUUGGCAGAAGCCAAACGAAAGAUCUUCCUUGAUAUGGCCGAAAUUGAGGAGAAAAAUAUCGAAGAAAAAUAUCCACCAUCAAACCUUUCCCCUUUGCAGACAGUGUACGUAUCAACGCCAAGCCCAUCCCCUUCCCUACCAUCACACUCUGACGAUUCUUCCUCGGCUUGUCAUCUCAUAAGACAAAGAGAAUAUAAUAUAGUUUAUGGACAUCCCGGCGGUCCCAGCUCUACUUACAACACCGAUUCUAAUAAUCAGGAACAAAUGAUGUCACCAGAUGGUACAGUACAGAGCUACUUAACUGAUUUUACGCCAUUAUAAAUAUGUUGUUUAAUAAGAUAAGUACGUUUAUCUACUAUUUUUACUAUUUUUUCUUAUGAAAAAGAAUAAAAUAUUUAUUUUUAUUAGUUUUUUUAUUUAUUUUUGACAUAUUAACUAUAGAUCUAUGUAGGUACGUAUUUUUGAAUUAAAAACUUCUUUUAACGCGUUCACCUCUUUUUUUACUAAGCAGCGAAUUAAACUGACCCGUCAUGAAUCAUGCUCAUUCACGUUUUAUCCGGCACUUUCAUAUAAUCGUUUUUCAAUAAAAAC